GAGAAGAGAAGAGGAAAAGAGAGAAGAGAAACCGGAAAAAAAAUAAUCUAGAAGGCAGACACUGCCUCUAGUAAAAAUAGAAGAGUUGUGGGCGUGGUUUUUAGCACGUAUUUCUCUCUCUUCGCGGUAAAGUGCUAAAAAGCUGUUGGUGUGGGAAACAGUAAAAACGAUAGCACCUUUUAUUAUUUUAUACCAUUUUCCCAGUCAUUUAGCGCUUUUAAAGGCAAGAAAAUUUUUUUUAGUUUUUUAGAGAAGCCGUCAAAAGAAGAAUUUUUUGUUUUUAACUAAAAAAUGGAUAAUUUAAACAAUAACUUGUCCUCUUUUGGAAGAAAAAGAAUAAGACAAACACCUUCCCCUUUAAAUUGUCCUGUAAUUAAAAAGAAGGCGAGAGGAUUUUGGAUUGAUCAAUUACUUGAAGACAAACAACAACCAGUGGUUGUUGAUAGAAAUAAUUAUUUAAAAUCUCCGGAGUCACCAGCAGGGCCAAGUUCAACAUUAUUGAGAAGGGGAAGAAAAUCGGGAAAAUCUGGUAAAAUAUUAUUUUUUUUAAAUUAAAUUUUUG